UGAAAGAGAGUGAGGGAGCGAGAAGGAAGGAGGGAGGGAAUAGGAGAGAGAGAGAGAGAGAGAGAGCGUGUGUGUGCGUGUCUCCGUGUGUGCGCGUGGAUUGCACCACCGCAUCCCGUUCACCGUUUCUGCAGGCGGCCAUGCUCUGAUGGAGAGAAUAAAACUGACAAAGCUUUCUUUUCCCUCAGAUUGAUCCACCGCCGUGUCAUCCCAGAUGUGACUGACAAGUCGUUUUAUGUCGCCCGCAUUGAGUCCUGUGCCGUUCACCUCGGAGAGACUGUGACACCAUGGCUUUGGUUAUGGAACCUAUAAGUAAAUGGACACCAAAGCAAGUGCUGGACUGGAUGAAAGGUCUGGAUGACUGUCUCCAGCAGUACGUGAAGAGUUUCGAGCGGGAGCAGAUGGGGGGAGAGCAGCUGCUGCACAUCACCCAUCAGGAGCUGGAGGAGCUGGGUGUCACCAGAAUAGGACAUCAGGAGCUCAUCCUGGAAGCUGUCGACCUCCUCUGUGCCCUGAACUACGGCCUGGAGACGGAGAACCUCCGGACUCUGUCCCACAAGUUGAACGCUUCAGCAAAGAACCUCCAGAACUUCAUCCUGGGCCGGCGGAGGGGCGGACACUACGACGGACGAGCUUCCCGGAGGUUACCCAACGAUUUCCUCACCUCAGUGGUGGAUCUGAUUGGUGCAGCCAAGAACCUGCUCGCCUGGCUCGACAGGUCUCCAUUCGCCAGUGUGACAGAGUAUUCAUUACUGAAGAACAACAUCGUGCAGCUCUGCCUAGAAUUAACCACCAUUGUACAACAGGAUUGCACUGUGUACGAGACAGAGAAUAAGAUUCUCCAUGUGUGUAAGACCUUAGCGGGGAUAUGUGACCACAUCAUCUCUCUGUCGUCGGACUCUCUGGUCUCCCAAUCGGCCCAUCUGGAGGUGGUCCACCUUACCAGCAUCAUGCCCAGUGAAGGGCUGGGGAUGUAUAUCAAAUCGACAUAUGAUGGACUCCAUGUCAUCACGGGAACCACAGAGAAUUCUCCAGCAGACCAGUGUAAGAAGAUCCACGCGGGGGACGAAGUGAUCCAAGUCAACCACCAGACAGUGGUGGGCUGGCAGCUGAAGAACCUGGUCAACGCUCUGAGAGAGGACCCAUGCGGAGUCAUCCUCACGCUGAAGAAAAGGCCCCAGAACACCCUGAGCUCCACGCCGGCUCUGCUCAGGAACGUGCGCUGGAAACCACUGGGCCUGCAGCCGGUGCCCACCAGUCCCACCAGCACCUCCCCAACGCCUGGUGGAACUUUGGGCAUGUCCAAAAUGGACGCUCCGAGCAUGCAGGACGUUUAUAUCCUCUCCCCAGUCUCCGGACUCUACGGCACCAGGGAGGAGAUGGGUCUGAUGUCAUGCGACGACAUCAGCCGCUACAGCGUGAGCUCACAGUCCGGCUCCAAAGGUUCAGAGGCAGUCAGCUACUACCUAGACCAGGACAGCGGUCAGUACUUCUCCCUGCUGGAGGGAGACGGACCCCCGGGACCUGACUACGACAGGGGCCGCAACACGGGGGUUCGCCGGCGGGACAAGACCCCCACACAUGAUUCAGACAACUCCUUGCUGCGUUACCUUAGCGACGACAAGAUCCUGGUGAUCGAGGAGGAGCCAGAGGGCCCGGGCAGGGAGAGUCGGCGGGAUUCCACCAGACGCUCUCGGCGUAAGAGCCGCAAUCCCAGCAGCCCUAGCUUUCCCAUCAGCCCCUCCAUGCUGUCCUCCACGCUGCGCCUCGACCAGCCCCCCGACGCUUUGCCUCGAGGUGCGGACACACUGCGAGCAGACACAACAGACAGGUACUCCGGCUCAGGAAGCUCAGGAGCCGCCUCCAUGAGGAAGUCUUUCCAUUACACCUCUCUAAGAACGAAAACCAAAAAGAGAAGUAAAGGUUCCCUCACUAGUGCCAGUCGAAGGAGAAUCUCCUGUAAGGACCUGGGCCACGGAGACUGUGAGGGCUGGCUGUGGAAGAAGAAGGACGCUAAAGGCUACUUCACUCAGAAAUGGAGGAAGUACUGGUUCAUCCUCAAAGAAUCCUGCCUCUACUGGUACACCAACCAAAACGAUGAGAAGGCUGAGGGCUUCAUCAGCCUCCCUGAGUUCAGAAUAGACCGAGCCAUAGAGUGCAGACGGAAAUUCGCCUUCAAAGCCUGUCAUCCCAAAAUCAAGAGCUUCUUCUUCGCCACAGAUUGUCUUGAGGAAAUGAACAGGUGGAUGAACCGGCUGGGACUAGCUGCUAUUGGAUACACACCAGAUGACAAAGUUCCACGCCCCGAUGAAGACUACUGGAGUGAGAGCGAUCAAGACGAGGUCGAUGGCUCGAUGACACUCAAGCAGGAGGGACCCUCAUCCCUCUGUGACACUUACCACCGCACGCCAUCAGUCAAUUCCUCUAGCCCCUUCCCGGAGCCCAAGCACGGCAGACACUUCUCCAGCGAGUCGACGCACUCCCACUCCUCGGCCGAGGACCAGCGUGGAGACGGCAUGGGCAUGGGCACUGGCACCGGCAGCACCAGUACCCACUCGUCCGGCUGCCGCUCCUCCCAUCGUGAGCGGCGUUCCUGGCAGGACCUCAUCGAGACCCCUCUGACCAGCGCGGGGCUGCACUUCCUCCAGACGGCGCCGGGGGAGAGUGAUUACGGGGGCCUGAUGGGGACCAUGCCUGGAGAGAUGGGGCUGUACGGAGGGCUGGGCAGACAGGGCAUGUCCCCCGAGAGACGGAGGCAGGCCACGCUGCCCGUACGGAGACACCACGCCGCAGAGAGAGACAGGGACCGGGACGGGCCCUUCCCUCUGGAGCGGGGGCCACACACGCACAGCCACACACACCGACGCUCUCACAAGCAGCGCAGCCAGAGUCUGCCCAGGAACAGAGACCCCAUGCCGGGGAAGCUGUUACACACCUCAGCUCAUAUGGAGGAGAGGAGCGAGGACGAGGAGGCAGAGGGGCAGGCUGCAGAUAUGCUGGAGGGGGAGGAGGACCUGCGGGAGUUGAGAGUUGAGAGCAGAGAGAGGAGGGUGUCAGAGGGACGGGAGCGGCGGGUUUCAGAAGGCCGUGAGCCGGAGCCACUGGACGGACUAGAGCAGCUGUACCGGGCCCUGGAGCAAGCCAAUGUGACGGCCCUAGGAGACCCAAGACCCUGCAGCAGGCAGGAGUUCCGACGUUGUUUCACUCAGAGAGCCAGGGACCCUCUGCUCAACGACAGGCUGCACCGGGUCCGAGCCCUCCGCAGCACCCUGAAGGCCAAAGAGUCGGAGCUGGCAGUAAUCUGUGCCCUCCUGGAGGACCCUGGCCUGUGCUCCCAGACCUUCAGAGAGUGGAAGCAGUGGCACAGCGAGCUCUACUCAGACAUCUGCCAGCUCAGUCCAGGCACCAACGGCCAGGACGACCUCUCCCCGCUGGCCGCACCUCUCAUGACCCACACACACUCCUUCAUCGAGACACAUGUGUGAGAGAGAGAACUGAUAAACACACACACAGACACACACACACACACACACACAUACACUGACAGACACGCACACACACACACACAGCUUUACAUUAUCCUCUCUCCUGAUCACAACUCUGAGCACGCACUGACACAAACACACACACAGAAACACACAUUGUAAGAUGUGUAAAUAUCAUAGAGGGAACAGUCUGAGACCUGCGUGUAUGAACUUUUGAUAAUCCUGAGGACCCCACAGGGUGCCUAUUGCAUGCCUGAACAGAAAGCAUUAAUCUUCCUUUGUCUAUGGAACUCAGCAUAAACUCCACACGCUUGUCGAGCAAAAUUGGGAAAAAAAGGAGACUUUUUAAACAUGUCCAUUCCUUUGUAUUCUCUUGGUUUUGCUAUAUAUAUUUUUGUUCCUGUUGAUUUCAGGGGGCAGGGGGAGCUAUGUAGCAGCAAUACAGAGGAGAAUCCUUUUCACCACAGCACUGUACUUUUGUACUGAUGAACUUUGCACCCAGAGCCACCAGUUCUCCCCCUUUCCCUCUCUCUAUAUAUAUCUUUUGUUCUCUCACUGCAUAUCUCGCCGACUUACAGGGACCUCACUUGUUAUUCCAGGCUGAUCUGACGGGGGAAAGUAUAAGGGACUUUUCGUAUAAGACUGUGAAAGGUAGCCAUCAAUGCCGGUUUUUAGCUAGAACCGAUGAGUGUCAUGAGCAUUGAGGAACCAUUGUGCUGGGUAGUUGCACACUAUUUCAAACUGUGAACUGUUAAAGAAAAAACACAAUUUUAUCUGCAGAAGGAGGCUCCUCUGAUAGAGUGCAAUUCUACAUUUCAGUUUGCAUUCUCUCUCCCUCUCUUUCUUUCUCUCUCUCUGUGUUUCUGUCCAUCUCCUCCUUCUCAUUUCCUAUUUUUUUUGUUUCCUCUCUCUCUCUCUCUCUAGUCGUUAAAGACUUGUGUAUAUGUGUAUACUGCUGUGUAUACUGAUGUAAAUGUUUGCGUUCCACUACCACUGUGAUAUGCUUCUAGAGGUAGCGGAGGGAAGACAGAGAGUAUGUAUUUGCGUGGGUGCAAAACUUUUUUCUUUUUUUGUUCUUUUUUCUUUUUUGGUUCUUUACAGCGAAUGCAAGAGCUAGAGAGUUCUUUUCAAAGGAGUCACUCACUACAAAGAAUGCACUUUCUAUAUCUCUAUAUCUCAUUGGCUGCAUCACAGGGUCUAUGUCUCAUCGGCCUCUUUACCAUUGCUGUUCAAAAUAUCAGGUAAAAGCAUUUGCCGUCUCAUUUUCUAAAGAUUUGUGUACAGUCUACAAAUAUAUUUAAACAUAGAAGAAUAUAUAAAUCUAUUUACGUUUUGUGUCAUAGAUAUAAUGUAAAGUAUGAUGUAUUCUAUGCCAAGGUUUUGCAGUGUCCCCCUCUUCACUCUGUAGACGCAGGGUGUUCAGCAGUUGAACAACUAGGAGGCAGACAACCACCAUCAUCGACAGUUAAUUGACGGUUUUUACUGGUUUACAUCACGGCUGACCCUUCUCCUGGUGACGUGUUGCAUGAGAAAAAGUCCUGGGACUGAUUUGAUUGGACAGGGUAAAAUAUUGUGGAUCAUUUGUGUUCUUUUUUCUUUCCCUUUUUUUAUCUUCCUCUCAUGAUUGCAAGAUAAUUAGACUUGUAGCGCAUGAUACAUGCAAAAGUACUGUUGAAGAAUGACCUUUUUUUAUUUGUAUGUUCAUAGAUUUGAAGUUCUGUUUUCAUUAGAUAGUGUUUAAAGACACACACUGUACAAUGACUGAGAGGCUUUUUUUAGCUCCUCGGUUGAUCUAAUGCAGAUCCUCCUUUAGCAUCCUACCAGGAGGUUUUCAAUUUGAUGUUUUGGUUUACAUAGAAAGGCUGACACGUGUCUAAAGGCUUCAGGAAUCGGAGAUAAGAUUCAAAAAGAAAGCUAUUUCGACAUUCCCUCCAAGCAUAUGGUUGAUACUGGGCGGUCAGAGACCUCUACACUAAAUGGUUCUGUAAUGUCUGUGAAACCCGGAUGAAUCAUUUCAUCUGCAAUAUCAGGCCAAGGACUCAACGGUGCCCCCCAGUGUCGGAGACUCUGAGAGACAUGCGUAGCACCUGCUGCAUCCAGCACUAUCUGUACUUAUUCAUUCAUACUUUACUGUAGUUCUUUGUAGGUUCAGGUUUUUCAUCAUGUCACACUGUCGUGAAAUAUCAAAAACACACCCCAGAGAUAUAGCUCAUGUUUUUUGAAUGGUUAAUUUGAGAGUACCACAAAGAAACUAAAUGAUGCAAGCACUUUCCCUGUGCCUCCCAACCCUCUCUUUGGCAACGAUGGACUGACUAUACUGGCGAUCCUACACACACACAGCUGUAGAUGAGUUACAAUACAGUUUUAGUCUGCAGACCUCUCUCCGUUUCUCAUCUGUAGUGCUCUUCUUUUUUUCCAACAGCCGCUCCGCAGAGCAGGCGACAAACUGUAGAUUAAGAAGUGCGAGUUAUGAUUUGUAGGCACAGACUGUGUUAUCCCUCCCAGAUCUUUGUGUGUGUGUGUGUAGACCUGCAGAAACAGGCCGAAAAGGGAGAUUCCACUGUGUGUUCUUUCAGGGGUGUACACCUCAUGGUACAUUGCACAGGUGUGUAAGAUGUAAGUUGCACUGCGACAUUAAAAAAGGAACAUAUUGCUCUUUUUCAAGGAUAAUAUUAGCUUACUGUUAUUCUGUACAUUAAACUGACUAAAGAUGAUAUUAAAAAAGAAAGAAAAUGACAUUUAUUCUUCCUAAAGUAGCCUUUUUUGGUUUCAUAUAUAUGAAUAUAUAUUACAAAAAAUACAGAUUGUAAACUUAAGUUGUUAAACUUUGACUUCAAUAAACUGAAUCCUCUGCACUAUGA